AUGGCUCGCGACUGGAUUUAUCCAUCCCUCCUUAUCCUCCACUUCCUUUCGCCGAACCAAGCCUUACGGAAUUACCCAGAAAAUGAAGUUACACUGCUGGACUCCAUGUCUGCCCUGGGGGACUUGGGCUGGGAAGCCUACCCAGCAGAGGGGUGGGAGGAGAUCAGUGUCAUGGACGAGAGGAACACGCCAAUGCGGACCUACCAGGUGUGCAACGUGAUGGAGGCCAACCAGAACAACUGGCUGCGCACCAGCCAUAUCCCGCGGGACGGCGCGCAGCGGGUCUACAUCGAGAUCAAGUUCACCCUGCGGGACUGCAACAGCCUGCCGGGCGUGCCAGGCACCUGCAAGGAGACCUUCAACAUGUACUACUACGAGUCCAACAACGCCAACCUGUGGUUCAUCAAGGAGAGCCAGUACGUCAAGAUCGACACCAUCGCCGCGGACGAGAGCUUCACCCAGGUGGACGUGGGCGACCGCGUGAUGAAGCUGAACACGGAGGUGCGUGACAUCAGCAACCUGAGCAAGAAGGGCUUCUACCUGGCCUUCCAGGACGUGGGCGCCUGCAUCGCGCUCGUCUCCGUCCGCGUCUUCUACAAGAAGUGCCCGCUGGCCGUGCUCAACCUGGCGCAGUUCCCCGACACGGUGACGGGCGGCGACUCGGCGCUGGUGGAGGUGCGCGGCUCCUGCGUCAACGACUCAGAGGAGUUCGAGGCGCCGCGCAUGUACUGCAGCGCAGACGGCGGUUGGCUGGUGCCCAUCGGCCGCUGCGUCUGCAAGCCGGGCUUUGAGGAGACUGAGGGCUACUGCCGGCCCUGCAGACCGGGCUUCUACAAGACCUCAGCCACAGACGCCUUCUGCACCAAGUGCCCGCCCCACAGCUACUCGCUCCAGGACAAGGCCUCGGAGUGCCCCUGCGAGAAGGGCUACUACAGGGCUGAGCUGGACCCCCGCUCCAUGGCCUGCACAAAGCCCCCGUCCGCUCCCGAAAACCCCAUCUCCACCAUCAACGAGACCUCGGUGACCCUGGAGUGGAGCCCGCCCCGCGACACGGGGGGCCGGGGGGACGUCACCUACAGCAUCCACUGCAGGAAGUGCUCCGGGGACGGCAGGAAGUGCGGGCCGUGUGGCAGCGGGCUCCACUUCGUCCCGCGCCAGUUCGGCCUGUCCCUCACCAAGGUGCAGGUGACCGACCUGCUGCCCCACACCAACUACACCUUCAGCGUGGAGGCGGUGAACGGCGUGUCCGACCUCAGCCCCAGCCCCCGGCAGCUGACCUCCGUCAACAUCACCACCAGCCAGACGGUGAGCGUGAUUCUGAAAGAGAGGAAGAGUAAGGACAGCAUCACGCUGGCGUGGCAGGGCCCGGAGAGGGCCAACGGGGCCAUCGUGGAGUACGAGGUCAUCUACUACGAGAAGAAUCAGAGGGACCAGAACUACACGGUCCUCAAGACCAGGUCGAACGUCAUGACCGUGGACGGGCUAAAGCCCGGGACCACGUACGUGUUCCGGGUGCGGGCGCGGACCGACGGCGGGUACGGGAACUACGGGGGCGAGAUUGAGCUGGAGACCAGCCACGAAGACAUUCUGGCCAUUGGGGACCCCAACCAGCCCACGCUGCUGGCUGUGUCCAUUGCUGGGGGCAUCGUCCUGCUCAUAUUCCUCGUGGCCUGCUUCGUUGUGAGUGGCAGACACUGUGGCUACAUCAAAGCCAAGCAGGACCCGGACGAGGAGAAGAUGCAGUUUCAGCAUGGACGAGUGAAGCUCCCAGGAAGCAGAACCUACAUUCACCCGCACACGUACGAGGACCCCAACCAGGCUGUCCGCGACUUCGCCAAGGAGAUCGACGCCUCCAGCAUACGCAUCGAGAGAGUCAUAGGAGCAGGCGAGUUUGGGGAGGUGUGCAGCGGGCGGCUGAAGCUCCCCAGCAAGCGCGAGAUCUACGUGGCCAUCAAGAGCCUGAAGGCAGGCUACUCGGAGAAGCAGCGGCGGGACUUCCUGAGCGAGGCCAGCAUCAUGGGCCAGUUCGACCACCCCAACAUCAUCCGCUUGGAGGGCGUGGUCACCAGAUGUAAGCCUGUGAUGAUCAUAACGGAGUACAUGGAGAACGGGUCCUUGGACACUUUCCUAAAGAAGCACGACGGCCAGUUCACGGUGAUCCAGCUGGUGGGCAUGCUGAGGGGCAUCGCCUCGGGGAUGAAGUACCUGUCCGACAUGAGCUACGUGCACCGCGACCUGGCCGCCCGCAACAUCCUGGUCAACAGCAACCUGGUGUGCAAGGUGUCUGACUUCGGCCUGUCGCGGGUGCUGGAGGACGACCCUGAGGCAGCCUACACGACCAGGGGAGGGAAGAUCCCCAUCCGAUGGACGUCCCCCGAGGCCAUCGCCUACAGGAAGUUCACCUCCGCCAGCGACGUGUGGAGCUAUGGCAUCGUCAUGUGGGAGGUGAUGUCAUACGGGGAGCGGCCAUACUGGGAGAUGUCCAACCAAGACGUGAUAAAGGCGAUAGAUGAGGGGUACCGCCUGCCCGCCCCCAUGGACUGCCCGGUAGUCCUUCACCAGCUGAUGCUGGACUGCUGGGAGAAGGGGCGCAGCGACCGGCCCAAGUUCGGCCAGAUCGUCACCACCCUGGACAAGCUGAUCCGGAAUCCCGGCAGCCUGAAGCAGCUGGCCAACAGCUCUGUCUGGGAGGAUCCCGUCACCCCGGAGAUGGCCGUCGGCACGGUGGAGGACUGGCUGGACGCCAUCAAGAUGGGCCAGUACAAGGAGCACUUCUCCAGCGCGGGCUACGUGACACUGGACUCCGUAAUGUACAUCAACAGCAGCGACCUGGUGAAGAUGGGCGUGACUCUGGCGGGGCACCAGAAGAAGAUCCUCACCAGCAUACAGAGCCUGCAGACACAAGGGCCUCACGUGCAAGUAUAACACGCCUUCCCCCCCCACCCCCCCCGACAGAGCGAGGGAGCGAGAGAGACUGAGAGAGGGAGGGAGGGAACGCUCGUUACCAGUCAGCAGCUUCACCGUUUCAAACGUCCUGGAUGUUACCGUACCGUAAGCACUCCGGCGUCCGUCCGCGCACCUACAACGCCACAGCAACAGCCGAGGAGGAGCAGAGACUGAUCUACAUUAGGU